AUGUCUAAUUAUUAUCCAACCUCUGAAGAUGAGCUUGACCUUAAUGAUAAUAUCACUUUUGAAAAGAAGAAAGUUGAUUCACCUAAUGGUAUAAAAAAUGAGAAAAGUACAAUUACCACCAUAUUGCUAUUACAAGAAGUCUCAUCAAAUAGUGUAAAUCAUA